AUGGUCUUGGCACCAUUCCUCUUCACCCUGUACACGGCUGACUUCAUGUACAGAUCACCGGACUGUCACCUCCGGAAGUUCUCUGAUGACUCAGCGAUUGUCGGACUUAUAAACAAUGACGAGGACAGCGAGUACAGAGGACUGAUUCAGGACUUCGUGGACUGGUGUCUGCAGAAUCACCUCCAGUUAAACGUGGACCAAAGAACUGGUGGUGGAUUUCCGCAGGUGCAGAUCCACCUUGCCACCGUGUGUGAGCUAAGGAUCGUUCUACUGGGAAAGAAUCUUUCAGACACAAGCACAGUGGGAAACUUCAUCCUGGGCAGAGAUGCAUUUCAAACUGAAGUUCCUCCACAUUCUGUAGAUCUGCACAGUGAGAGGGCCAGAGGAGAUGUGGAAGGAAGAUACAUCACCAUCAUCAAUUCUCCUCAUCUUUUUAAGCAGAACCUCUCACAGCAUCAGCUAAACCUGCUUAUUAACGAGUGUAUAUAUCUGGCUGAUCCUGGACCUCAUGUGAUCAUCCUGGUUGUACAGCCAGAUGAUUUCACUGAAGCAGACAGAAACAGAAUGAAUAGUAUCUUCUCAGCUGUAUCUGAUGAGGUCUAUAGACACACCAUGGUGCUCACUCUGGAAACCAUGGAACUGGGCACCAGUGUAGAUCCACCUGAGGAGACUGCAGUGCAGAAGAUCACUGCUGACUGCAACAAGAGACAUUUAGUGUUUAAUAGAUGCAGUCAUGAUGAUCUUUUGCAGAUGAUUGAUGUGAUAGUGAAGAUGAAUGGUGAGAGCCUUACCUGGGAGGAAUUUCAGGAUCCUGUAAUUGAUUUAAAGAUCUAUGAACAACAUGCAGGCUUAGAAGAACACAGAGAAGAGCAUGUUCAAACCAGUACUGAGUCUAAGCUAAGGAUUGUGUUGUUGGAGAAGAGUCUACAGAACACCAGCACAGUGCAAAGUUUAAUCCAAGACAACUAUCAGACCAACGUUCCUCCUUGUUCAGCAGAUCAGCACAGUGUAAGUGCUAAAGAAAUGGUGGAGGGAGGACGAUUUACUUUCAUAAACCCACCUCUUCUCUAUGAUCCAGAACGUUCUCAAGAGAAAGUGAUUCAGAGUGUGGAAGAGUGUCUGUCUCGUUCUCAUCCAGGACCUCAUGUGUUUAUAAUUCUGGUACAAUCAUACAGCUUUACAGAGGAGGAACGAAUGCGCCUGAUCUCCAUACUGAACUGCUUCAGUGACAAAGCUCUACACUAUUCCAUUCUGAUCAGUACAGACAUUAAAGAUUUUAGUUUUAAGGGAAUGUCUGGUGCGUUUCAGAAGCUAAAGGAAAACUGUCCUACAAAGUAUCACAAACUUAAAGAGUUACAGAAGAAGAAAAAUUGUGUUUUACAGCUUUUUAAGGAAAUCGAAAUAUUGGUUAAAAAGAAUGGAGGCCAUCUUACAUGUGAAAGUGAUAAAAAUGUGAGGAACAUUUUGUUCCCAAUAGAUGAUGAAUUUACAACACAAAAAAUGAAGACUAAACGAAGUAUAAUGGGAAAGGUUAAAGAAAAUGUACCAGAAAAAGUCUCUACAUUACCAGUGUUGAACUUGGUGCUGUGUGGAAGUGAUGAACUCAAAUCUUCUAUAUCAGAUCUCAUUCUGAAGCAGACAGAACUGAUAUCAGAUCCCAGAUCAGAGUGUUUUAUGAGGAAGGGUGUGGUGAGUGGAUACCAGGUCACACUGGUAGAGACUCCAGCUCUUUAUGACACUCAGCUCUCAGAAGAGGAAGUGAUGCGAGAGACUCUUCAGUGUGUAUCUCUUUGUAAUCCUGGAGUUCAUGCUUUCAUCAUCAUCAUACCUGUUGGUCCACUUCAGGAUGAAGAUAAAGCAGAAAUCAAGCUGAUCCAGAGGAUCUUCAGCUCCAGAAUGAAUGACCACACCAUCGUCCUCUUCAGCAACAGUAACACUGAUGAAACUGCAGCAAUAAACUUUAUUAAACAAAGUUCAGAAACAGAAGAACUUCUCAGCAUGUGCAGUGGUAGAUACAUCAUGUUACAGAAAACAGAGAGUGAAAGACUCCAGCAGGUACCAGCUCUGUUGGAUCAAGUAAAGAAGAUGGCGACUACCAACAAGUUUUAUUCUCUCCUGAUGUACGUUGAAGCACAAAAAGACAGAGUUAAACAAGAACUAGAGAACAAACUGGCUGAGAUGGAGGAGAAAAUCAAGCAGCUACAGAAACAUCAACAGCAAACAUGUGAGUAG